CCCCCCUCCCCAAACUCCAAACUACUGUUUUCCAGAACUUGCGAAACUUUUUUUUUAAUUUUUCAGUAUCUUUUCUUUAAAACAAAAGAAAGUUUGACGGGAGGGGGCAAGUUUUAAAACGCUUUGGAUCGAGAGGGAACGUUAAGAGUUCUUUUUGUCUGAAUUGUUAAAGAGGGGUUUUUUUUUUGGUGUAGCUGUCAUCACUUUUCUCCCUCCCCUGGAAGAUUUAAUUUUACAACCAAACAAGCAACGAAAACACGAGCAAAAUGUUCAGCUGGAUGAAGAAGAACGAGAAGAAAGCAGAGGUGAUUGAGAAGGUUCACACGGUCACCGAGGGAUUGAAGGAUUUGUACAAAGCCAAACUUCUGCCUCUGGAGGAGUUUUACAGGUUCCACGAUUUCCACACUCCCUCUCUGGAAGAUGCUGAUUUUGACAACAAGCCGAUGAUCCUGGUGGUGGGACAGUAUUCCACAGGCAAAACGACUUUCAUCCAGUACCUCCUGGAAGAGGACUUCCCGGGCAGCAGAGUGGGACCCGAACCCACCACCGACUCCUUCAUCGCCGUGAUGCACGGCGAGGUGGAAAGUGUCAUCCCAGGGAACGCCUUAAUGGUCGAUCCCAACAAACCCUUCCGAAAACUGAACCCCUUUGGGAAUUCCUUCCUCAACAGAUUAACAUGUGCCCAGUUGCCAAACAAAGUCCUGGAGAGCAUCAGCAUUAUUGACACCCCAGGGAUCCUGUCCGGAGCCAAACAAAAAGUGACCAGAGGUUAUGACUUUGCAGCAGUGCUGCAGUGGUUUGCUGAGCGGGUGGACCGCAUCAUCCUCCUAUUCGAUGCCCACAAGCUGGAGAUUUCAGAUGAGUUCUCGGAGGCCAUUCGGGCCCUGAAGGGGAAUGAGGACAAGAUCCGGGUGGUGCUGAACAAGGCUGAUCAGGUGGACACCCAGCAGCUGAUGAGGGUCUACGGGGCCCUGAUGUGGUCCCUUGGAAAGGUCAUCAACACCCCCGAGGUCAUGCGGGUCUACAUCGGCUCAUUCUGGUCCGAGCCUCUCCUGAUCUCCGAGAACCGGAAGCUGUUCGAGCUGGAGGAGCAGGAUCUAUUCCAGGAUCUCCAGAACCUGCCUAGGAACGCUGCCUUGAGGAAGCUGAACGACCUUGUGAAGAGAGCGCGUCUUGUGAGGGUCCAUGCGUACAUCAUGAGCUACCUUAAGAAAGAAAUGCCUUCGGUCUUCAGGAAGGAAAAUAAGAAGAAGCAGCUGAUUUCAAGACUGGGAGAAAUAUUCAGAAACAUCCAACUGGAGCAUCACAUUUCACCUGGAGACUUCCCAGAUUGUGAGAAAAUGCAGGAACAGCUCAGAAUCCAUGACUUCACAAAGUUCCCCAGUCUCAAAUCCAAGCUGAUGGAGGAGUUGGAUCACAUGCUCACGUUUGAUGUUGCUAAGCUGAUGCCUUUGGUGAGACAGGAGGAGAUGGAGAUGCUGGAACAGAUGGUCCAUGGUGGUGCAUUUGAUGGGACCUCCAAUGGGCCAUUCAUCGAAGGCAUCAUUGAUGGAACCUUUGAGGCAACAGAUGAAGAUGAAUGGGUUGUCACAAAGGACAAGCCAAAGUACGAUGAAAUUUUCUACAAUCUGUCACCAACGGAUGGCAAGAUCAAUGGAGUCAAGGCCAAGAAUUGGAUGAUCACAACCAAGCUGCCAAACUCUGUCCUCGGGAAGAUCUGGAAACUUUCAGACGUCGAUAAGGAUGGAAUGCUGGAUGAUGAAGAGUUUGCCUUGGCGAGUCAUCUCAUUGAGGUUAAGCUGGAUGGGCAUGGGCUUCCUAGUGAGUUACCUGGUUACCUUGUCCCUCCUUCAAAGAGGAGGCAAGUGGGGUCUGCUGAGUAAUGGGCAAGAAGGAAGCACAGUUCUCUCUUGGGGCCAAUUGUGUUAAAUCUGAGUUUGACAAUCCCAUUGAUUGCAGCUGACUAUGCUCUGGAGACAGGAGGGAGUGGUGAAGGGUAAGGGGGGGGGAGGGAGAGGGGGAAUGGGAGAUUACUUAUCUAAACCAAACUGAUGGAGGAAUCAAUGGCUGCAGAAACAUUUAAUUUGGCUAGUCAGUGAAUUCAUCCUCUGAUUUAUUCAGAAUUGGUACUGAUCCCAACUGUCUCCAGGUUCAUAGACUCAAUAUCUUCUUUUGCAGAGUUGCACACCGUUGCUUAAAUGCUUUACCAGCUGGGUUGAAAUGUACAUUUUCUUUUGGUGCAAGGCGAGUGUUUCAGGGACUGAAACUGUUCUUUCCCCGCAAUAUAGUUUCACUCGUCCAUUAUUCCUGCUGUUUUUCAUGCAUCAGUUAUUUUCUUUAGCUCAUGUCACAGUGUCACCAAAAAAUCUGUCACGCUUUUUCAAUUGCCUCAGAAUUUGCAGGAACUAAUCAGAAAGCAAUCCAGCUUACUUUACUGUGUGUAUCAGGGCUGGAACACCUCACACCUACCCUUCGCAAAGAAAAAAUUCACACUAAGGUAUAUAUCCCAUCACAACAUCUAAUGGCCCCAAGUAAAGCUAAGGACUUUACCUCAGUCAAAGACCAUUCCAAGUGCCGAUGACUCUUUGUGACAUGAGCUUGAAUCAUUCCUAUCCCUGUGGCCUUAUUCCAGUAUCUCAACUUGCCUUGAGGUAGUGGCCAACAUUAGCUGUUUAAUAACUUGUUCACUCCUGUGACUUAGAUACUUCUGUCAGUCACCUUCUCCCAAAGCUGAGGAGCCUGGUUUUUCCUGCAUUGACUAAGCUCAGUCCUCUAUCACCAUGGAUCAGUCUCCUCACGCCUCUCCACUUUGUCUGCCAUUAAAUCUCUCCCUUAAAUGCAAAGUAUGUUCCUUCUAGCCAACCAGCUGAUGUAUAUAAAGAGUGUUAUGGAAAUUUUAUACAUUUAAACUUUUUUUUAUAUAUAUAUAUGCGUGUGUGUAGAUUUUAUGGAUUAACACUGCUUACUCUGAGGGGAGUGGGGUGUCAGGAGCAGAGAUUGAGAACCCAGGUGCGGAGUUCAUUCUAAAUAUUAAUGUGUAGUGAUCCCUGCAGGACCUCUGAUCUCUUACUCCUGAAAUAUCACCGUGCUAAUUCAUAAAAUCGGCUCCUCUCAUGUGUUGUCGAAAUGACGCUUGAAACUCACGCUCGAACGAACUGGCAAUCUGAGUGUAUCGGCUCACUGCAAUGACCUGAUACAUCAUAUUCCAUUCCAAGCGGUUUUAACUCUGCUGUGUUUUUGAGGGGAGGGGUGUGGAUUCUGUACCUUCGCACAAACCUGACGAUUGCCUAGAAGUGCAUGUUAUCAGGAAAUUGCCUAUGGCACACCCUAUGAUAGUAGGUUAGGGAAACCACCUCUGAGUCGGAUGUACUCCUGGAGGUUUCAUUAAUUGAUGCCCCUGUUCCUUCCCCAUGUUCCCGCCAUUGGUAACCUGUCUUCCCUCAAGGCGAAUGAUCUCUUCAUUGCUCAAUUGCACACAUCUCGUUUUCUCUCUCCACAGGCUCUGCCAGAGCUGCUGAGUUUUCCCAGCGCUUUGUUUUUAAUUCAGAUUUCCACCACCCACAGUAUUUUGCUUUGACCUUAUUUUUGCUGGGUUUUUUUCCCCUCACCUCCAACAAUUUCAAAAUUAAUAUGUGAAAGUUAUUCAAAGAAAAUAGAAAAAAUGAAGUCAGCAAGCACUGCAGAUCAACUAAGAUCUGUAACAGGCCAGAGAGAUGAGAAAUAAAGACUUUGUUGGAAUAUGAAUGCUGAUUCACUCCUGUCGUCUCACAUCAUUCAGUCCCUUUUCUCCAGAAAUGAAGUAUUUUGGUCAAAAUCCUCUUGGUUAUUUUACCUGAGGGAUAAAAGUAUCACAUGAAGCAAAUAAUAACCCAAACUGUCUGAAGACAACUGGGGUGCAGACCCAACAUACUCUCGAAUUGUUUUUGGAGUGCCUGGGUUAUUUGUUUAAGCGCAUGUCUCCUUUAAUUUUGUUGGUACGCUGUAGCACACGAGAACUUAAAGGGGUGACCUGUGCACAGCCUGUGUGGGGAUUUCCCGGUUGCUAUGUGACCUUGCAGCUUAGAGGGAACAUUGGUGAAGAGCUUGUAAAGCAAUCUCCAAAAACAGAGCCUUCGCUCUGUCUGCAUUCAAAAGGAUGAAAGAUGAUUGUACAUGUCAUAUAGGAUGGAAUAUUGACUCUCUGGACGAAAACAGAAUUACCUGGAAAAACUCAGCAGGUCUGGCAGCAUCGGCGGAGAAGAAAAGAGUUGAUGUUUCGAGUCCUCAUGACCCUCUCCGCCGAUGCUGCCAGACCUGCUGAGUUUUUCCAGGUAAUUCUGGUUUUAUUUUGAAUUUCCAGCAUCCGCAGUUUUUUUGUUUUUAUCUCUGUGUUAAAUUGACUCUCUGGGAUAGGUUUGGGGAAUAUUAACUCUUUGGGACUCUCUGAAGGAGUAUGGACCCUUUGGGAAGUGUAUCUCUGACAUUUUUAUAACAAAUAAACAUGCGCUGAAAGAGAAUAUUUCUCCUUAAUUCUUCUGUGCUUUUGCUCCAGGGAUUGGCUUGUCUUGGAGAUUAAUCUUCAAUCCCUGAAGCCUCCCAGAUAAUCCUGAAGGGUUUAUAGGAUUACAUAGGUUGCAUGGCAGAGAAACAGACCAUUCAGCCCAACUAGUCCAUGCCAGUGUUUAUGCUCCACUUGAGCCUCCUCCCAUGUUUCCUCAUCUAAGUCUACCACCGGAACCCUCUAUUCCCUUCUCCUUCAUAUAGUUGUCUAGCUUUCCCUUAAAUACUUCUAUGCUAUUUGUUUCAAACACUCCCCGUGACCCUAAACUGGUGGAGAAAUCAAUGCUACACCUUCUGUAUGGAGGUGGGUAUCAAAAGGAUGGAGUGAUAGAAACAAAGAAAGAAAUUUAAGUAUGGUUUGAAGUGAUUUUAAUUAAUCUAGAACUUGCAGGAAGUCUACCUAUGCACUCUGUUGUGAGUUAAAGUUUGAGUUUACCAUAUACUCUCAGUUAAAAUAUAUUAUCAGCAAUAUAAUGGUUCAUGUUUCACUCACUGUACACAGACUGAUAAACACUGUGGUUCUGUCAUUGUUUUAUGUGGUUUUUACUCACUAUUUGUCCUGUCUGAUCAGACAUUUCGUUUUAUUUCAAUAUUUGAGUUCUCCUGUAUAAUUGUGAUUAAAGCAGUAAAUCAGC